ACAGGAUGAGUGUUUUUGACCAUCUGGCACCUUUGAUCCCUCAAGUAUCUGCAUCCUCCAGACAAACAAAGGAACAUCCGUCAGUCUGUUUGUCUCCUCCUCUGUCCCUCUCUUCUCCUGUCAUCAGGAAGAAAGCCAUUAAAAUCCCAUCAUUUGAUGAGAAGGGACUCGUCUACGAAGAAAAUGACACGAAACAGACAAACACUGACAGAUCUUUUGUCCCCAUUUGUUCUUCCAAGAUACCCAGUCAGCCCUCUUGGAGUAAAUCAUCUCAGCAUUCACAGAGAAACCACGGGGAAAGAGCUUCGACCCUGCCAAGAGCCAAGCCCAAAACAUACAUCUCUCCAACUCUCUCUGCACGGCCCUGCAUCUCCAUUUUUCCUGCGCCACAGUCAAAUUCCUCUCCCACUCUGAAACCAAAGCCAAGGGAUUCUCUUCAUCCCAGUGAUCCCUCCCCAUUGCUUCACCAGCCUCAGCUGAAGCCAAGUGUAUCUCCAACUCUGAUUGUCCCAACACCUAGACUGAGUCCAUCUCCGACUUCUCUGUGCCAAGGGAUGAGUUCGGAAGGAGGCAAACAGCCCUCUCCUGUUGCUAAAGAAAGACGUGCUCGAUCAAUUACCAUAUCCAAUACUAAAGUUGAGCCUGAAUCCAGCAAACAGAGGUCUUCAAAUGAAGCAAAGCAUGACAUUCUUGACCAGGAAGCUUUACUAGACUUUACUCACCCUACCUUGAGGAGAGCUUGUUCCAUGUCUCGAUAUCAGACUGAAUCCCAGAGAUACGCAGCCAUGUCUCAGAGGUCCUGCUCAUUGCAAGACAAAGUUGGUUUGAGUAAAAAAGACAAUAUUGCGAUAGAUAAACCAAAGCCUCCGCCUAGGAAUACAGAGAUUACUUCAAUCCCUAAACCAAAGUCAAACAUCAAACAGCAACAGGGAUUUCUGCCAAGUGGAGCGACAGGAGACCUCGAGAAGAAAACAACACAAGGACAACUCUAG